AGGUGGCACUGGUUCACGACGUGUCGUAUCAGCUGGUUGCCUGGUUGGAUAGAAGUUAGGUUAUGUGUGCCAAUAAAUAAGUUGAUAGGCAAAUCAAAACAAUAAUGCUGGAACAGGACAUCCCAAUCGAUAUUCAUACAAACAAGUUGUAUGAAUGGCUACUCAGUAGAAGACAUUGUUCAGCAGAUUGGCAAAAGAAAGCGAUGGUAAUCCGGGAAAAAAUCAAUAAUGCCAUACAAGAUAUGCCCAGUCACCCUGAAAUCACCAAACUUUUAUCCGGAACUUACAUAAAUAAAUUCCACUGCGAUCGUAUAGUGGCAUUGUUACGUGAAACUGAAGCGGACACGAAGAACAUGUUCGGUCGGUACGGCUCGCAGCGCAUGAAGGACUGGCUCGAGAUAAUCGGCCUCUACGAACAAGAUGGCGUCUACUUGGCUGAAGCCGCCAAUCAGCUGAUCAAAAAUGUCAAGUAUGAAGUGCCCAACUUCAAAAAACAGAUAGCCAAGUGCAAUAGUCUAAAAGAGGAAUGUGACAAGAAGGAACUCGAUUACAACAAACAUGAGAAUUCGGCAAGACAUGACUUGGAGUCCUUCAUGAAGCAGUUGGGGGUGAAAUCAAACAAUCCUCGAAAAAUGAAGAAAGAGCUAAUCAACCGAGUCGCUCAGUUGGCUGAAAUCUACGAUAAAAUCACAAAAGAAGUGAAAAAUUUGAAGAAAGUUGUCGAAUAUCAUUCAGCUUUACUAGGCCACACCAAUCCGAAUUUCGAUAAGAAUUCGACUGUACAAAUCAUCAGAUAUAUUAUUGAAUCUGGAAACACCACAACUUAUCAAUAUUUGUAUGGAGAAAAACCAAAACAAAUUAUUGAGCCAAAACUUCUGAUUGAGGAUGAUGAUGCUGGCAGUGUAAAUGGAGAUGGUGAUGGCAUUGAUUGGGGAAAUGAAAUUGACUAUGGUGAGAUUGACUAUGGAGUAAGCCUGGAGGAGAGUGGCAUAGAGGUGGAGUGCAAUAUUGGGAUUGGGGGAGGCGAUGACAAGAGCAGUGACAGUGGAGUGGCUGAAGGCAAGCAGGCACUGACUUUGCUCGACAACCCUGAAACCCGCACCGAGUUCAUCAAUCAAUUACUCGAGCUGGAAUCGUUUGCGAAGAUGCGUCUCCUGGAGAUGCAGAGCGAGUCGAUCAGCAUGUUGGUGAGCAACAAUCAGCUGCAGGAAACCACAGAGAAUGUCGCCUCCAUGCUCGACACAAUUGUUGUCAUCAAACAGCUCAUCCUCGACCCCACCACCACCGAUCUGCAUAAUAUCAAACAUUCCCCUAGGCAUGUGGACAAAAUAUUGCUGAAAUUGGAGAAUAAGUACAAUGUUGUUGAGAAGACGAUAGCCAGCAGAGAGGCAGUCCACGAGAGAGGCCUACAAGCUGUGGAAGAAGCCAGGCUUCUAACGCCCAAAAUGCAACUGAUCAUUGACAAAACGAAAGAGCUUCAAAAAGACAUUGAGAAAGAUAUUUCGAAGAAAUACAAGGGUCGUCCGGUAAACUUGAUGGGAGGAGUGUCAACUUUAUAAUGCCAUUUUAAAUUGUAUUGGGAUAAUAUAUGGGAUGUUUCUAUAAAUCUUUGUCAGUUCUUACCAUC